UGAUAACCACACUCGCUUGAACGGAUCGGUAAAUACAAACCCAAAAUGCAUGAAGAAAGCGAUGAUCAGUCCCACACCUGCAUAAGUGGCCAUGGCUACCUGAAAGUAAUUGUGAGGUUAAGAAAUCACAUACCACUCCUUGCAUACCACAUACAGUAUCUUCAUACUGUUAAUAUUUUUUACAAAACUUUGCUUUAAACCCCUUCCGACAACUGCAGAACAGUCUAAUUUGAAGCUUAUGCAUUAUCUGUAAUGAUUACAUGUUUAAAAAA